AUGCGUGUCUACGAGAGCCAGAUUACCGUGCUUCUUGGCCACAACGGCGCGGGCAAGACAACUUUACUCAAUAUGAUCACAGGGUUUCUGGACUGCACGUCAGGCCUGAUUCUUAUAGGCAACUACGACGUGAAGAACUGCACCAGAGACGCGCGCGAAAGCAUCGGCUACUGUGCGCAACACAACAUCCUCAUCGAAGACCUCACUGUCGAGGAACAUCUGGUGUUCUUCGCAGUUUUGAAGGGCAUACCGCUCAACCGAGUUCGCUACGAGGUGGUCACCCUGCUGCACGACGUCAGCCUGAUGCAGAAUCGCUCCGUGCUGGCCGUCGACCUGUCCCUCGGUCUUCAGCGGCGUCUCUGCACGGCGAUAGCCAUCCUUGGCACACCGAAGGUGAUAAUCAUGGAUGAGCCGACGGCCAACAUGGACCCCGAAGCUCGGCGGGAGAUGUGGGAGCUGCUGCUCAAGAUCCACCGUCAGUGCACCAUCUUCCUCACCACGCAGCAUCUGGACGAGGCUGACGUUCUCGGAGACCGAAUCAUCAUCAUGGCCAACGGUCGCAUCAGGUGUACUGGUUCUCCCAGCUUCUUGAAGCAUCGGUUCGACACCGGCUAUCACAUGAAGAUCGACAAACUGCCGAAGUGCAAUGUUCCGGCCAUCGAGAAACUGCUGGGAAAGUACGCACCCAAGGUCAAGCUGCAAAGCGACUCCGACAACGAGGCAGUGUUCGUUAUCGGUCACGUGCACCCGACGCGAAAGAUUGUCACGAUGUUCAAGGUGCGACAUAAAGCUUAUAACAAAAUCAGGAGUUAAGAUUCCA